UCUCCAAACUUCUGAAACGUGGACUGUCUGGGGUGAGCGGCUUCUAUGGGAAGGAUAUUGAUCUUUAUUAUACAUUUGUAUUUAUGAAGACUCUGAUCUCGUUUGUAGUUUGUGGUAUUCCAGAACAUUCUCUAUUACAGUCCAGGGGCGGACUGACCAUUUGGAAACUCAGGCACUGCCCGAGGGCCCGGGAUGCUCCUGGUACCUUUUUCAUAGGCUUUUUUGAGUUUGGGCAAGGACACAGGGGCCCCAUGAUCCCCUAUUGCCCGGGG